AUGAGUAAAAGAAGUAGAGAGUUCGAGUGCGUAAAUAACACGGACAAUCUGGGCGACGUAAGUGAUGAGCACGGAGAACAUCCUUGCCUCUACAUCCUACGUUUCGCAGCGAAGCUGGAGUUCGGUUCGAAAACGCAGCAGGUGGCCAAUACGGCCUUGCGACUCGUGCAGCGAAUGAAGAGGGACUCGAUACAUUCGGGAAGGCGUCCCUCAGGCCUAUGUGGAGCAGCCCUGCUUAUUGCAGCCAGACUCCACGAAUUCAGUCGAACCUCCUUGGACAUCGUCAAAAUUGUAAAAGUCCAUCAAUCCACCAUACGUAAAAGGCUGAUAGAAUUCGGUGAAACCCCCAGUAGCGCUUUAACUUUGGACGAAUUUAUGACCGUCGAUCUCGAAGAAGAGCAGGACCCUCCUUCCUUUAAAACGGCAAGGAAAAAGGAUAAGGAACGCCUGCAGAAGUUAAUGGAGGAAGAGGCGGACAGCAUAAGCGAGCUGCAGAAACAGAUUGAAGUUCAGUUAAAGGACGGUCGAAAAAAACAUCCGUCACUUAAUCGUUCCUAUGGUUUAGCUGAUACAGAGGCAAGAGAGACGAACGAGUUUAUACACGAAUCGACAAUGGGAACGAUAGAAAAAAUCAUUCAGGAUGGCGCUGAGCCUGAAACAGAAAAAGGAUUGGGUCCGGACAUAGCCAGUAUGGGCCUGGCCAACUCCCUUGAUGACACUACGAAUGCGAUACAGGCGACUCCAGCCUUGGAAAUGAACUUGACAUUUGAUGACGUCGACGACGCCGAACUGGACACCUACAUAAUGAGCGAGCACGAGUUUCAGUGCAAAAAAGGGCUAUGGCAUCAGCGCAACGCAGAUUACCUAGAAGCACAAAAACUGAAGGCCGAAAAACUGCAGAAAGAGCGGGAGGAAGGGAAGCCGGAGAAAAAACGCAAACGGAACGCGCGGAAGAACAAAAUCGGUCCUGUUAAUUCUGCGGGAGAGGCCAUCGAGAAAAUUCUGCAGGAGAAGAAAAUCUCCUCCAAAAUUAACUACGACGUGCUGAAAAGUUUGAAUGCGGCCCUGAAAAACGAACCGGAAAUAGAGGACGACGCAGCGCCGACCACCUCCGAAUCUAUUAAAAGGCGACGACUAUCGUCUGUUAGCAGUUUGGUGGAGCAAAGUACGUCGGAUAAAAAGAAAAAAUCGACAAAACCUCAACCAAACGUUGGGUUGCCAUUCGUUGAAACGAAAAAAGAACCGGAGAUACUGAAAACACCUACUGCUGCUACACUAUCUGAGGAAGAAUUAGAUGAAGAUUUCGAAGAACACGUACCAGAUGAAUCGGCCAACGAAAUGGGGGUUUUCCAAAUGUUGCAAAAACAUAGGGAAGAUGAAGGUGGGGACGAAGAAGAAUACGGAUAUUACGAAGAUGACUAUUAAUUUAUUUUUUAUACCUACGAACAAUUUAGCAUUAAAUUAUUAAUUAUGUACCGCGAUACUCAGGACUAUUUUCUUUGUUCUAGUAUACUGUAUUAUUUAUUAGUUACUGAAGUAUGUGUAAUGUAUAUUUUAUGUAGAUUACCUAUACAUUUUUACAUUGUAUAUGUUGAAAAUAUAUACUUGCCAAUUAA